AUGGCCGCGGACAAGGGGGCCAAGGUCUUUGAUCUGCGUUUUCUCGAUUUUCCGGGCUUGUGGCAGCACAUGACCCAUCCCAUGAGCGAGCUCACCGAGGACGCGUUCAACGAGGGCUUUGGUUUCGACGGCUCCAGCAUCCGCGGCUGGCAGGCGAUCAACGCCAGCGACAUGCUGGUGAUGCCCGAUCCCACCACGGCGCGCAUGGACCCGUUCAUGAAAGAGCCCACCCUGGUGAUGAUCUGCGACAUCGUGGACCCGCUGACCCACGAGCACUACACCCGCGACCCCCGCAACAUCGCCAAGAAGGCUGAGGCCUACGUGAAGGCCGGCGGUCUUGCGGAUACGGCCUACGUGGGGCCGGAAGCGGAGUUUUUCAUCCUGGAUGACAUCCGCUACGACAACAACGAACAUUCGGCGUACUACUUCGUGGAUUCGGUGGAAGGGGAGUGGAACACCGGGCGCGUCGAGGGGCCCAACCUGGGCUACAAGCCGCGCUACAAGGAAGGCUACUUCCCCGUGCCGCCCUCGGACAGCAUGCACGACAUCCGCACCGAGAUGAUCCUGAUCAUGGAGAAGCUGGGCAUCCACGUCGAGACGCAUCACCACGAGGUCGCCACCGCCGGCCAGGCCGAGAUCGACAUGCGGUUCAACUCCCUGGUGGCCAUGGCCGACAACCUCAUGUGGUACAAGUACAUCAUCAAGAACGUGGCGCGGCGCUACAACAAGACGGUCACGUUCAUGCCCAAGCCGCUAUUCAACGACAACGGCAGCGGCAUGCACGUGCACCAGAGCCUGUGGAAGGACGGUCAGCCGUUGUUCGCCGGCGACGGCUAUGCCGGGGUCAGCCAGAUGUGCCUCAACUACAUCGGCGGCAUCCUCAAGCACGCUCCGGCGUUGUGCGCCUUCGUGGCGCCAACUACCAACUCAUACAAGCGCCUGGUGCCGGGCUUCGAGGCGCCGGUCAAUCUGGCGUAUUCCAGCCGUAACCGCAGCGCUGCGGUGCGCAUCCCCAUGUACUCGUCGAGCCCGAAGGCGAAACGCAUCGAGGUGCGCUUCCCCGAUCCGUCCUGCAACGGCUACCUGGCCUUUUCCGCCAUGCUGAUGGCGGGCCUGGACGGCAUCGAAAACCGCAUCGACCCCGGCGAGCCGCUGGACAAGGACAUCUACGCCCUCACGCCUGCGGAACUCAGCAAGGUUCCCUCCGUGCCGGGUUCGCUCGAAGGCGCCCUCGACGCUCUGGAACAGGAUCACGACUUCCUGCUCAAGGGCGACGUGUUCACCGCCGAUGCCAUCGACACGUGGCUCGAUUACAAACGCUCGAAUGAAGUGAAUGAGGUCCGCCUGCGGCCGCAUCCGUUCGAGUUCAAGCUGUACUUCGAUAUCUAG